CCAGGUACCAAUCAUCUCAACGGCGUAGCAGCCUAAAAUUCAUUCCCCGUGCUACCCGAUCCCGUUUUAAUUAAUAUGUGAGAUACACACCGGUUUCUAACAAUAAUAUUGAAAGACACUGCGACUAUCGUACGCAAUGGGGCGCAGCAGCUACUCCUGCACAGUUUUCAAAGACACUAUCAAUGUUGCCUGGCAUGACGUUACUAAUUCCCAUGUGUCCGACAGGGGAGGGGAUGGGAAGAGUAGCGACGCGGUAAUGUUAAAAAUAUGAAGUAAAAUAAAAACAACCCUGACCACUCGACCUUUUCCCCCUUGCAUUUCCAACUGAUGGCGCGCAAUCAUCCAAAAUACCUCUACACCAUAUAACAAACGCAUGUCUCCGGCCUCUACCAUGGAAACAAGCCCUGACUGGUAAUGUGGUUGAUCAAUUGCCAAUCCCUGAAUCUCGAGGAGUUCGUGAAAGAUGUCCCGCCUUACGCGAUCCUAUCCCACACUUGGGGUGAUGAGGAGGUGGCAUUCAUCGACAUGAGCAAUCAGGAUAAGGUAUCCAAGAAGGAGGGUUAUCAAAAGAUCGAGGCUACUUGUAGGGUCGCAUUGGAACAUGAUCUUAACUAUGCUUGGGUAGAUACGUGUUGUAUCGACAAGUCGAGCAGCGCCGAGCUAUCAGAAGCUAUCAACUCCAUGUUCGCGUGGUAUAAGAAGGCUGUUGUUUGUUUCGUCUGGCUAUGCGACUUCGCCUCCUUUCCAGACAAGACGCUAGCCGAGGCCAUAACGUCAUUCGAAUCUCGGGAGGCUUUGGAAGCGAAGGGGGAAGGAUUCUAUGGAGAUCUCCCCCAGCAGACGGCCGCAGAGAUCGAUUUGCGGAAUAGGGUCAAGAAGCGCCUCGGCAACUGCAAAUGGUUCUCUCGCGGUUGGACCUUGCAAGAGCUAAUCGCGCCGAGCCGGAUUAACUUUUACGACAAAGAAUGGAACUAUUUUGGAUCGAAGCUAGAGCUGGCCUGUGUCCUCUCGUGGAUCACCGGGGUCGACACGAGCGUCCUCAAAGGCAGGCCCCUUGACGAAAUCUUGGUUGGCCGUCGCAUGUCCUGGGCCUCAACUCGUACGACGACGAGGGUGGAGGAUAUUGCGUACUGCCUCCUCGGCAUUUUCGAUAUCAACAUACCAUUACUUUACGGCGAGGGCGAGAAAGCCUUCAUCCGCUUGCAGGAAGAAAUUAUCAGAUCCAGCCACGAUCUUUCUAUAUUCGCCUGGAAGGCUGACGUGAAUGACUUGCGUCGUUUCCGCGGGCUGAUGGCAAAUUCCCCAGCCGAGUUUAAAGGAUGCCAGAGACUUGUGAAGCCGUCAUUCGAGUGGAACAACGGGGGCGAGUACGGGCUCACUAGUCGUGGUUUACGGACGGACGGCUUAAUUAGAGUUGGACGAGGAGAAGCGGACCAGGCAGGCAGCUAUUUCAUGUCGUUAGGCUGCGUCGACGAGCGCCAGCGAAAACUAGUCCUAGCCGUCUCUCUGCGGCAGUACGGGCCGGGUCUCUUUGCAAGACGGAAGCCUUGGCCUAUGACCACGGUUUUUGACUUGAACGUAUACUCAGCAGCGAAGCUCGCUCACCCGCAAUACAUAUGCUGCAAGGAUAACGCUUCGUUAGAAGAUACGGUGAUGAAUAGCCGCAUCAACGCGAUCCAAAUUAGGUUCUCGGAUUCUAUCUUCGACAUUGACAGUAUCACGGUAUUUCCGCAAGCAGACUGGGACUUGAGGAAUUCUAUAUUGCUUAGCUUUCAGCGUCCAUAUUACUGGGGUAUGUGGAAGGUGAAAGUCAGAGACAGGGAUGAUGGCAUCAGCAUUGUUUGCGUUCGGUCAUCCGGGUGGCUUCUAUACGGAAUCUUUGCCUCGAACCGAAUCCCUUCCGCCCUCACCCGAGAUGACCUGCUUCCAUCACACGUCGAAGAUAUCUUGCAGCGAUUACCUGAUCGAACGUCCACAGAAUGCUCGGGGUUUAUUCACACAGUGAAAGAUGGUCAUCUUAACCUCGGGGAGACGGGCAUGGAGAUUCCAGCUACGCUACUUCAAGUAGAAAGCAUCGAGACUAAGCAGAGCCGUACAGGAAUGAAGCUAAUGCGGGGGUUAUUCAGAAAGAAUAUAUCUAUAGGUCAAUUCUAAUGAAUACAGUUUCCCAAGUUGGCUUUUAUACUUAUCAUCAAUUGAUUGAUGUAUACA